AAUCGGAGCGGAAUGGAUCGGUAUCGGUAUUUCAUCUUUAACCAGAGGAACAUGGUCGUGCUGGGGAUGUUCCAGAUAGCCUUCAGCACCGUCUGUGUCACCUGUGGCUUCAUAGAUGGCAUUUUCAGAACAGAGUCUCAGCUGGGAAAAACCAGAGUUCCAAUUUGGGCUGGCAUGGUGAUGGGAGUCCCAGGUGUCCUGGCUUUGUUCUCCUCGCAGAGGAAGAAUCCAGUUCUCGUGAAUGUACUGAUAGUUGCUUCCAUAAUCUCUUGUGUUGCCAUCCUCACUGUAAUAGUUUAUAGCUCCUUCACACUGAGCUAUGGUGAAGAGGAGGAGCUGAGUUCUGCCCCAGUCCAUGUUAUCCACACUAGGUUCGUACUCAGUAAAGUUGUCAAGGGUGCUAACAUAGCCAUGCUGGCUGCAUCCAUCUGCAGUGCCUUCUUUGUGCUGGCCAUGGCUUACCUGGGAUGCCGGAGCCUUCCACGCUGCUCCUGCUAUGACAGUGUAACUGGGAUGGAAUGGUUGCAACCCAGUGAGGACCAAAAUCAGGCUGUGGAAAUGGUUUGUGCCGUACAAAGUGCUGGAGGGAGAAUUUUCACAGAUCGGUUUCCAGCCCAGGAUGCAGAUGCAGAAGAAGACACAUCCAAACCUCCACCAUAUAUCAGAAUGACUUGA